AUGUCGGAGACCACUUACCGGCGUGCUCGCGCCAAAUCUGCACAUGCCCGUCUUCUCAGCUCGCCAUCGGACAAUGUAGUCGACUACACUAAGAGUCGACGAGUGCAAUCGGCUAGAAUGCUGAAAAGGCAACACGAAUCAUCGGAGUAUGUUUUACCGCGCCCGGCAUCGAGAGCGAGCUUGCAGCAAACGGUCUACAGCACACAGUUCUGUAAGAAAGAUACACCUCCGGCUCCUUUACGACCGACAUCACCGACUAGAAGGAACAAUCCUCAUCCAUCUUCGAGAUUUAUGACAUGGAGAAUGCCAACUAAGACGCUCGAGCAUAGAAAGGCGGUGAGAGUAUCCGAAGAGACGUUGGCUGAUGUAAACAGAAAAUUUUACGACGAUUACGUCGGACUAGGAAAUGACUCUAGAAAUGAACUCACUCACAUCUAUCAAGCCUCGUUUCGAGAAAUGGACGAGAAUCCUGAUAGAGAUCUUAGUGGAAUCACAGGAAAACAGAUGGAAUUAGGAAUUAGAAAGAGUUCAAAAAACCAGUUACCUAAACUUGAUGUUCAAGAGUUGUUUGCUCGCAGUUUUAAAGACAGUGCUGCUCCUGCCUUUAAAGAGUGGCUAGAGCGUGCCAACGAGGAAGAGAAAACGGCGGUGCUAAAAAUGCUGCAAUGUGCUGAGACAGACGAAGAACGGAUACAAACGUUGCUACUCGGUGUGUUGAAUCCUGAUAUGAUGACCGGUGUUCAAACGUGGCUCAAGUCUGCUGGCGACUCGGACAAACGUGUUGUUCUCAAACUGCUGCAGUCUAUUGAAGGAGUCAAAGAACUGACGAGUGAUCCAAAAUCGCUGAGGCCAGGCAGCAGACAAGACAGAAGUUACAGUCGACGAAAAUCUUUUCCCUCUAGACACGCGAGAGCGGCUACGUAUCCCCAAGUAACAAUCUCAGAGCUGCCUAACUACAGAGGCGACGACUACAAUCGAUGGGUCUACAACGUGGAGACAGGGAGGAAUACAGGCCACUAUCGCACGGCAGAGAAGAAUGGCAAGCCUUUCGUGCUCUGGCAUCAUCGCACUGUGCGAGAUCCGACCCCUCGUGUGUAUCACAGUGGAUCAAUUUUUGCAACUCCGAAGAAGCCGACGGGGCAGCAUUUUGCUAUAAUUCCAGAAUGGCCUAUUGCUUGAGUGCAAACAUUUGACUCAUCAGACUUGCUGUAUUUACUCAAUCCUGGUCUCAUUGAUUAUUUGUAUCGAUUGAUUAUUUAUUAAGUUAAUGUGCACGAAAUGUGACAUUCUAUUACUAAAAACCUCCA